AUGAGCACACCGGAAGCUGCCGAUGGUGUGCUCAAAGCACCUGAGCACUCUUUGGAUGAGGAAGAGUACUUUUCAGAAACGGAAGAAUCCUCUCUGAAUGCUUCGCGGUCCUUACAAGAAGACUUAUACGACGUCCAGAAUAUACGGGGAAAAGGUAAAGGUGUCCUCGCCAAACAGCGCAUCUCAAAGGGCGACUUGAUCAUGCUCGACUCGCCCGCGAUCGUUUCGAGUGCGCGACUGCCCAUGUAUGUUACGCCCUCUGAAGGUUCUGAGUUGCUUGAAACCGCGGCAGGAAUGCUCAUGGCAGAGGAUUACAACACAAUCAUGGCGCUCGAUAAACCUACCGGGACCACAGGGCUGGACGCUAUACUGAAGACGAACUCUUUCUCAUGUCAAUUCAACGACGGAGGCGUAGGCGAUGAGUAUCUUUGUCUCUUCCCCCAAGUUUCAAGGAUUAACCAUGCUUGUCAACCAAACGCAAAUGCAAAAUUUAUCCCACGGACGCUGUUGAUGGAGAUUCGAGCGCUGAGGGAUAUUGAGCCUGGACAGGAGAUUACCAUCUCGUACGGCAAGGUCGACCUCAAGUACGCCGAGCGACAGAAGCUGUACCGCGAUAAUUGGGGGUUCAAAUGCACAUGCAAUCUGUGCGCAUCCGGGAUAUACAAGAUUUCGGAAAGUGACUGGCGGCGCGAGCGCUUUGCGGAGCUACACAAGACGUUGGAAAGUCUGAAUGCGGAAACCUAUGACGCAGAACGAGUCAUGCAGUGGGAGAACGAAAUCUUUGACAUCAGCGAAACGGAAGGUCUGGAGGUGCUCGUAACAGAGGAUCUGGAGCGGAUGGCUUAUGUGUAUGCUGGCCUUGGGAGACAUCCGGAGGCCCUUGCUUGGGGCCAGAAAGCCAAACAAAAUUUGUUACAAUGGAAGCUGGGGCCGAACGAUUUAAAUGACGAUUACAAGAGGAUUGAGGAGCUGUUGCUUGAAUUGAAGCGGGCCUGA